AUGUUGCUGUCGCUGGCGUUUCGUUUGCUUCACUCCACUUUUUUCCCCCGGCACCGUGUCGUAAGGGCCCGUCCCGGCUUCCGCCUAUUUGGCAAUCAAGCCCCGUUGUCGCUUAGCGGGGCGUCGCCCUCUCUGAAGGUGGCUACCCCCCCUUUCCAGGCAUUAGGAAACUGGUACUUUCUGCUGGAGAGAGUUCUGACACUCGCUAGUGGCUCCUUGCGGUUGGUGCACGAAUGUGGGCAAUUGCUUGGCGGACUGCCGGGGUUCGAGGCGAAACCGCCGGCAGCGGCGCCCCGCAAGUUAUUCGGAGGUUUCACCCUUGAUUUCCCGCGCCUCCCGUGUUCCCGCUUCUUUCAGGGGGAAUGA